AUGAUAUAUAAAAUUAUCAACACUUAUUUAGUCACGCUGUUCUCAUUUUUAGCUAAUCCUACAAACUUUAAAAUACCAAAUUCAGUAUAUGCCUUAGGAAUAUUUAUAUACUUUAUCUAGCCAUAUUCUAAGUUAUUUAAUAACCAAAGUGAACCUGAUACAUUCAUGAACUAUAUAGCAACAUUUUCAUCGGUAAUUUACUUAUCAAAAAUAGUAUUCAACCUUAAUAUAAUUUAUAUAAUAGGAAAAUACAGACUCAACAUUUUGGGUUUUUUAUGCAAUAUUUCACUUGCCAAUAUUAAUAUUAAUUAUAUUACCAAUACUUAAUUCAUUUUCAUCAAAAUAAGAUAGAGAAAAUAAGUAAUUUUUAAAUUUAUUUGAAGUAGCCCUUUUUUAUCAAGUGUUAGUAGUUUCUAUAGCGUUUUGCUUAGUUUUUAUUCAUUUAUACUUUCAGAAAUAUACUUAGAAUUUAAUUCACAAUUAAUUGUAAGAAUCAUAAAAAUAUUAGUUUUCAAAUUCUUUAAUAUAAAAAUUUGUUGGAGUAAUUUUUGGUUGUUGCUCUUUUGGUAUUUCCUAAAUGUCUAGUUUUGUUUGUUAAACUCAUGAGUUUAAUGAUAUAAAUAGAUACAAAAGAAAAAUAUCAUUAUUUUAGGUUGCUUAGAUAUUAAAGGCAUUAAUUACUGUCUCAUCUUAUUUUCCAACAAAAUCAUCUAAGUUGUCUAUUGUGAUUUGUAUCAUAUUAUUUAGCAUAAUAUCAAUAUAUGAUAGUUUGAUAUAGAGACCUUUUCCAUCUGUAUUUUUAACAAAAUGGUAUUUGGGCAGUGCAUUAGCUUUUGCAAUGGCUAACAUCAUUUAGAUUAUCUUUAAAUAUGAUUUGAUUAUUGAAAGUUGUAGCAUUUAUCUUAUUAUUGGAUUGUGUCCUUUAUCUUAUUAUUUGGGGCUAAGUUUUUAUGAAGAUAAGUUUAUGAAAUUGAUAUAAAAUAGAAAUAUUUAGGAUUUCUGGAUUUAUUCUUAAGAAUUAAUUGAAAUGUAUUCUUCAUAAGAAUUGAAAUUGAUAGUUUAUAUCUCUAUACGAAAUCAUAUCAAUCAUUGCUAAAAUGUUGGAUGUUAUUGUUCAAAAUAUGGGAAAAAUUUAAAAUUAGAUAGUAAUAGCUAAAGUAUUAUAAGUGGAAAUAAAGACACAACAUUAAACUAUAGAUGCUUAAGAGAAUUGAAUUUAAAAUUUGAUGAUAUUGUUAAAUUAAUGGAUUCAUUAUUUUUUUAAACUUUAAAUCAUCCAAAAUUAAAGAGAAAAGAUCGAUUAAAUUAUUUAUAUGCAUCAUUUUUAGAGAAGUAUUCAGGAAAUAAAUUGAUGAGUUAUUACUUUCUUAAACUAUUCUGUUAUAAACAUAAAGCAAAAUUAAGCUAUUUUUAUAAAUUAAUUUUUCCAAAAAUUAUCAAAGUAAUUAUUUUAAUUAUUUAGAAAUUAGAGUUAAAGCUUAUUUAUUUCAACAAAAUUUAGUAAGAAAAUAAUCAGAAGGAACAAUAAAUUGAUGAAUUAUCUUUAGAAACUAUUAUUCAAAUUGAAAAUUCUUGUUUAAGUUAUCAGUAAUCAUUUGUAUAAAUCCUUACAUAAAAGAUAAUUAUUUGGUAAUUAAUUGAAAAAGGUAGUGAAUCAAUUUCAAUUUUUAUAAAAAGAAUUUAUAGACCCUUAAUGGAAAUAGUGACACAGAAUAAAAAAAUUUAGUAUGAAAUAUCUUAAUUAUCAUAAAAUUAUGAAAAUGCUGGAUUCUUAAAAUUACUUUAAUUAAGCUAUCUUGUAAUUUCUAAUUCUUUGGGGAGAGUAAAUAUUUUAGAAUAAAAAAUAUAAGAAUUAAAAAAUAGAGAUUAAUAUAGAGAAGAUGAGGGUUUGAAUAAUUUUAAUUUAAUGAGAGGAUAGUUCACUUUAAUAAAAACAGGACUUAUAAAAUCAUUAGGGUGUAUUCUUAGUAAAAAUGAAGAUAGAAUAGAAGCAUUUUUUAAUUAUAAUAGAGAUGAAUAAACUAAAAUUACAAAUAUUAAUUAAUUAAUGCCUCCUCAUAUUGCAAGUUUUCAUAAUUAAAUUAUUCAUUAAUAUAUAUAAAAUGGUUAGACAUAUCUAUUAUAUGAUAAUAGAAGAGUUUAUGUAUCCAAUAAAAAUCAAUUUAUUUUCCCUAUAAUGUUAUCAUUAAGAAAUGACUUUACCAAUUUUGAAGAUUGCGUAUUUAAUGUUUGUAUGUUGAAAGUUUCAUUUUAGGAUGCAAUAAUGUUUGAUGCACGUGGAUCUAUACUUGGUAUGAGUGAAAAUUUAUUUUCUUUAUUAUCUGAUUCUGAAAAACUAUUUUCUUAUGCAGAUUUAUUAAAAUAUGGAUUAAUUUAAGUUUUGUUUCCAAAUUUUUAUAAAGUUUUAAAUGAUAUUGAUGAAGCUUAAAAUAACUAUUAUAAGGAAAGUGAUGUUACUGCUGAUUUAGAAUUUGAAGAUUUGAAAUCAUCUAUCCAUAUUAAUUCAAAUUUUAUUAGUUUAUGCUAAUAAUAUCAAAAUCAUUCAUCAGGGAGUUAGUAUGAUAAUUAAUUAUCAAAGAUGUCAACCACUCAUAAUAAAGUAGAAUUAUUUGAUAAAAGAGAUAGAGAAUUAAUGAAAGAUUUUGCUCAAGAGUAAAAAAAUUUGAAAAAAUCAUCAAGAGGAUUUCGUUUAAGAUUUGAUCUUCAAAAAUUUGAAAAGAAUUUUAAAGGUUUAUCUUAAGAAUUUUUUACUUUUGUAGGAACUGAAAGUCAUAGAUAAAACAUUUUCACCUAUUUUAUAAUUGAUAUAAAAGAGAUAUCUUCAGCAAAAUCUAAACCUAAUUAAACUGUAUCAACAAUAUCUUAAUAUUUAACAAUAAGUCACAAUUACACAUAAACUGAUUAAAGAGUUUCGACAUCUAUGUUUAAUAAAGAAAUUUAAUAUAAUGCUUAAAUGAAUGAAGAAAUUGAUGGUUAAGAAGAAAAAGGAACAUUAUAAUUUAAUAUAUCCCUAAGUCAACCAAUGUAACCUGUUUUUUAGGUUGAGUCACCUAGAAUCUAAUUAGAGACUCCCAAGGAUACGGAAAGAGGAAUGUUAAGUAAUAAACAUUAAUCAUCUGAUUUAGUGGGAUAAUAAAGAUAUUUUAAAAAUAGCUUUGAUAAUUUUUAUGAAAAAUAAUUAAAAUAAAAAGAUUUAACUGAUCCUAAAUUUAUAUCUAAAAAUGGAUUAUAAGAUGAUGGAAUAAGAGAAUUCGAAGAAGAAUUAGAAUUUGGAUAAUUAAAUUAAUAAUAAUAAAUAUAAAUGUAAAUAAAUUAGUUAAUGGAAGAUCCACCUACUUUUUAAAAAUAAUAAUGUGUAGUUUAUGUACAUAAAAUUAAAUAAAAUAAAUAAAAAAGAAUUUUAGAUGAAUAAUAAUCUACAACUAGUGGAAUGUCAAAGGCAGAAAGGGAAAAUUUAGAAAAAAUUUAUAUGAAUUCUAAAAUGCCUCAUCAAUUUUAUUAUUUAAUAUCAUCAUGGAUAUUUAUCACUUUUAUUUCAUUAACAUCUGUAAUUACACUAUCUAUUAUCAGUAUAAGUAUGUUAGAAGAUGUCAUUACUACAAGUGCUCAUUUACUAAUUCCUUAUGAAUUUAAUAGAGCAUAUAUUAAUAGUGCAUAAUAAGCUAUAUAUUUACAUAGCAAAUAAUUUUAAGAUGAAAACAUUAAUAAUUUUAAUUUAUCAAUUAAUUAAUUAUAAGAAUCAAUAACAGAAACAACAAUUACUUAUAGGGAAUUGUUAAAUGAAGAGAUUGAUUAAUACAUUAAAGUUCAAGAAAAUAAUAUCCCUAUCAAAGUUUAUACAGAUAUAGAUACUUUUUAAUCAGUUGAAAUAAAUAUCUAUGAUUUUCUUUUAAGUAAUUAUUAAAUAAUGUUAUCUAUUAAUGAAACAAAUUAACUUCUUAAUUUGAUCAGUAGAUUUUAUGAUAUUACAGAAAGCACAGAUGUGAUUAAUGAUUUUCAAAUGUAAGGUAUAAUUGAUGACAUUGAUCAAAUGAUGUUAGUUUAGGAUUAUAUAACAUUUUUGACUAUUGGAAUUUUGGUAUUACCAUUAUUUCCAUAUUUAAGAAAUUAUAAUAAGCUUAAUAUUUAUUAAGAAAAAAUUGUUCUCUUAAUAACAAGAGUUAAUAUAAAUGAGUUUUAAAAAGAAGUAAAAAAUUUAUCAGAAAUACUUGAAAAUAUAACAAAAUUGAAUACUUUAAAUUUAGUAACUAAUGAUUUUGUUUCUUAAGAAAUUUUAAAUGAUAGACCAAAUUAUUCUUUGAAAACUAAUGCUAAGCAAUAAAUACUCUAAACUAAAAUUUAUGAUGUGAAAUUAUCAAUGUGGUUUGAAGUUUCAAUACUUAUUUUCAUAUUUUUCAGUGUGACAAUCUAUUUGAUUGGAGGACUUCUAUUUUCUAAUUAAAUUCCUAGUGAUUAUUUGGCUAGAGCUGAAUAAUAUGUACAUUUAUCUCAUGAAUAUUAACAUAUUUAACAUUAUAAUUUGUUAAAUGAAAUGAUUGUUAACAAUUAUACUACAGAAACUAUGUCGGAUAUUUUUGUAAAAUAUGAUGAGGCUAUAUAAAGUUAUAAUUUCUUACCAUUACCAUUAGCAAAGGAAAAUGGAGACUUAGAGUUUCUGAAUGAAAUAUACUAUAAUGAUCUUUGUGAUAAUUCUAAUCAUUUUGUUUGUGGGUAAAAACAAUUUAGAAAAAGUUACUAAAAUGGUUUAAAUGGAGUACUUCAAAAUAUUAAAUUACUAUUUUAUUAAGAACAUUUUAAAAGAUAUGUGAGUGAUGAAUAUUGGGCAUUGAUUGUGUUUUUUCCUUCGUUUAUUGAACCUUUUAUUUAUUAAAUUAUUUCAGAGAAAAAUACUUAUUUAAGCACUUAUAUUUAUAAUUUAGAAGUUGGCUGUCUUCUUUAUUAUCUAGCAGGAGGAUUAAGUAUGACACUAUUUAGCUUUUUAUACUUUUACAAGCAAAGCGAAAGUAAAUACAAUAUUAGUAUUAUUAGUUCUUCACAAUUAAAUAUAUUUGAUUAGACAUUUAUUGAUGUUUAUUCCUUUUGAAAAAUUUAAUGAACAAAUAACAUUAUCAUUAUUAAAAUAAAUAAAGGAAUAUUGA